AUGGUAGCGGGUGAUACGGCUGGGGGUAUGGACCAAGUUAUAUAUGGCGAUCCUAGUGAGGACCCUGGCGGUUACGAGGCAACAUGGUCCUUUGUUCCAGACGUCAAGGUCAAAGGCUUCCUACACAAUUUUCGUGCUCAACUUGCGACACCGUAUCCAACAACUGGCUCUUGCUCUUCGCUCUCGAAGCAUAUCAAGCUCCGAGCUCAUCUCAGCAGCUACACCGUCCAGCUACAGGUCGAUUGCUCCCAGCGCUCUCGACAGGUUCAUAACGUCCCAGACUACUCCGCCCAGUCAAGCCCCCAGGCCCGAUGCCAGCACCUUGUACGCUUGGGUUCCCGCAUCGGACAAUUGGAGACGCUCCUUGCGUACCCGUUGUGA